AUGCAGCGUUCAUUAGCUAAGAACCUCCAUCAUCAGAUUGUUCGCUACCGGAGGCAAGCCCAGAUGGUUACUGAUCAGCCCUGCGACGUCUUCAUUAACCAUAGAGGGAUCGACACGAAGCGAACCGUAGCUGGGUUGCUCUACCAUCACCUCAGAUUGCUCAAGUUCAAUCCUUUUUUAGACAACAAGAACCUAAAACCUGGUGAUAAGUUGUUUGAGAACAUUGAUUCCGCCAUACGGAACUGUAAGGUUGGGGUUGCUGUGUUUUCUCCCAAUUACUGCAAAUCUUACUUCUGCCUUCAUGAACUGGCGUUGAUGAUGGAGUCCAGGAAGAAGGUUAUCCCCAUCUUCUGUGACAUCAAGCCCUCAGAGCUUCAGGCUUUAGAUGAUGGAACUUGUCCUUCCGAUGAGCUCCAGAGGUUUAGGUGGGCUCUUCAGGAGGCCAAGUACACGGUUGGACUUACCUUCAGUUCCAAUAACGGGAACUGGUCGAAGCUCGUUACAAGCGCAUCAGAAAUUGUGGUGAACAGUUUGAUUGAGUUAGAGGGAGAAGGGGAGGACCAGGGGUAUUAUGGCCCAAUAACUUACUGA